GUGAAUUGAAAGCAAAACUUGAUUGGAGUGACAGAUAAAGAGUGCAUCAAAUGUGUCAGUGAUUCGUGACUCACGAACCGCACACUCACGCAAACACUGCCGCACAUUAGUCCAGUGAUUGUCGGUGGUGUUGGUCCAGUGCUUCGUAAUCAUCGCAAUGGUGGUGAGCAAUGGUGAUCAGCCCGUGGCGGACGUGGUCUUCCUGGUCGAGGCGACCGCUAAUCUCAGCCCUUAUGUCGAAAGUCUUAAAACCAAUUACAUUAUCCCAACUCUCGAGUACUUCAGUGGCGGACCUCCUGACGAACGCGACUAUGGCUUCGAUAACAAUUACAACUGCACGUUAUAUGCUUUGGUGUCAUUCAUGACCGUUGACUGCGCUCCAGAGCCGGCCUCCCAGUGCUUCGCUCCGACCACCAGUUCUCACAGACUUCUGCAAUGGUUGGAUAAAAUUCAAUUCAUUGGCGGCGCCGGCGAGUCGUGUUCGCAUAUCACCGAAGGCUUCAGUACCGCUCUUCAGGUGUUCGACGACUUCACAGCACUUCGAGAGAACACCGCUUCCAAUAUAAUGGCGAAGACCACCAAACACUGUAUACUUAUCUGCAAUUCGCCGCCAUAUUCGGUGCAAACACUCGAGAGUCAGACGUAUUCGGGAUUAAAGAUCGAAAGACUGGCGACUCUGAUGUCCGAACGGAAUAUCAAUUUCAGUGUAUUUUCUCCGAGAAAAAUGAGUUUCCUAUACAAGUUGUAUGAAGAGGCCGGUGGAGACCUAACCCACGCCCUCAACAAGAACUUCGCCAAAGAUAAGAGACACUUAGUUUUGUUGCGCGGUUUCUCACUCCAGGAGCGACCCCUCAGCCCUCAAUUGGGCUCUCAAUCGACCGCAACGGCUGAGCAGAAGACAUCACAGAACUCUCCGAUGAGUCAAAUGCAGGGCAUUAAGAGAUCGCUCUCUCCGGGCCUCCAAUCGGUUACUAUGAGUAAUACCAUGAGUUCUAACGUGACGUCCACUUCUAACCCAACCUCUCAAAUGCAUGCAACGAAUCCGCAACUCAUGACUAGAUUACCCCAUCCGCCCGUCCCUAACACUGAUAUCCCGUCUCCCUUUCCUCCGAACAAGACUCCAACGCCCGAUACUAUCGUAAAGCAAGGCCGCGGCUCUCCCGUUCCCAUAUCGACGUGGGCCUCACAACCAAACGCUCCCACAGUUUCUGUUUCCUCUUCUUCAUCGCCCACUCCUGUGAUGUCUGUAUUGAAGGGCCACUUGAAUAUGAGAACUCCCAUCAGGACGAGUGCCCCACAAAUGCCAGGUCAAGGUCAAGGCCCAGGCCCAGGUCUGCAGCACCAAACGGCGCCCACAUUAGUUAGUUUGGUGUCACAGCCCCCUCAGCCUAUCAAACAAAAUAUUGUGAACACACCGGCCAUAAGACCGGGUCAACAAAUACGAGGCCAACAGCCGGUGUCUCUGCCAUUCUCUGCACCUCAGGCUCCGUCUCCCCAACAAUCCCAACCAUCGCCUCUCUCGAUGCAAAGAGCGGUUCCCUCCCCCCAAUCAGUCCACUCUCCGAUGCAGUCACAGCCCCAACAGUCGUUCCAACAACCGGUCACUACAAUGAGUCAAAUGAUUUCAUCUCAGCCUCAGUUUGUGAACACCGGCGCCGGUAUUCCCUCCCCUCAAAUGAAACCCGAACAAAGGCGUCGCAUUUGGGCCGGUACUAUAGAGUAUCAGGAGAAGCCCGUACAGCCCGGACCUGUCAAUCCUGCCAAUCGUAUCACAUAUUCACUGAACUGUCAGAUUUCGUGUCAUGUCGUGAACGGAGAGCCGGAAAUCAAUGCCGAGAAAUGGCCCGAAAAGCUGAUUCUCUCUCUUCUGCCCAAACAACUGAUUAUGCGUUUGUUUCCAAUGCUUAAGAACGGCUCAUACCAUAUAAGUCUGCACUUCAAUGGUGACCCCGAACAGGGUCUGUCCAAACUGAGCAAAAUUAUGAGCACUAACUGGGUGGGAUGCAUUCAAUUUACUGCACUAAGCAUUCGGAUGAUGAUUAUCUUAUAUAUGCCCGAUAAGAGAAUGUAUAUGGGGUUUGUUCCCCACGAUCAGGAAGAGUUCUUUAAGGCUAUGCGAGAGAUCAUUGAGACCCAUAAGAAGGAACAACAGGCCAAACAACAGCAGCAGAAAAUGAUGGUGAACCCGGGCGGACAAAUGCCAGUAGGUUUAGGUUCACAGCAAGUAACCAUUGCUGGCGCACAGACACAAAUAGGCGGACAAAUGCCGGUUCAGUUAUCAGUUCAGUCCACACAACCGCCACAACUUUCGCAACCAAUAUCCGCGCCAAACAGUAUAUUCCAGCUGCAGCAAAUGUCCGGCGGAACUAUGCAACAGACGACGGGCGCCAACAUAUCGUCUAUCCCUCUGAACUCACUGUCCAGUGGUAUCGGUUCGGCGCCAAUGAAUGUGGGCGGACAACAGCCCCAGCAGAAUGUCAACCAGAAUGUACUCCUAAACCAAGCGCUGGGACCGCCUAAUAAUUCACAAAAAAACGCAUUCAUUGCCAGCAAUCUUCAGACUUUGGUCCAAAACACUGGACCGCAAAUGCCUCCAACGCCACAACAACCGCCCAAUCCUACCGGUGCCCAAUCCAAUCAACAGUUCGGUCUAAUGCAGAAUCCCAUACAAACCCCAACAGGGGGUCAACAGUUGCCUAACAACACAACUCCAGCAACAGAACCGAUCGGCCAAUGUGUGGGACAACCAGGGAUUGCUUGA